UCUGCACAGGACACCAGGAGUGGCCCAACAGCUGCCUCGCAACCAUGUUCCCACACAGCUUUGACUACAACCCGCCGAUGAGAAAGCGUUGAGAAGAAGGAGACAUGAUGGGACAGUUCCCGGAGGAUGUGGUGGGUGGCUUCACCGCAGAGGAACUGGAAUGCAAGAUCUGCUACUGCGCUUACAGCCUGUCAAGUCGACGGCCCAAGGUCCUUGAGUGCUGCCAUUGUCUUUGUGCUAAGUGCCUUGCAAAAAUCCUCGAUUUAGGCGAAUCCUCUCCGAAUGCAGUGGUCUGUCCGUUCUGCCGCUACAUCACAGAACUUCCCGGAGAAGACGUGGACAGUCUACCAGAUGAUUAUAACUUGGUGUCUGCACUGCUGUCCAUCCAGACACGGAAGCAUCAGAACCUUAAUGCCAACCAAGGCGAGAUUCUCCUCAGUCCCAGAUGCCUCAACUCCCUGGUUGGACACUCCGCCUCGGCGUCUCCCACCUCCAUUCGUUCCAAUUAUGUGGUGAUCACCAUUAUGGAGCCUCGGCAGGAGCCUGUCAUUCCAGCUGCGGGUAGGAAUUUCCGCUCUUCCAGCCAGGACUCCAUGGCCUCCGUUACCCAGAGAUGGACAGUGUGGAACUGUGCGGCCCUGCUGUGCCAGACUUCAGCACGCGUCCUGGUCUGGCUUCUGGGGCUGCUGUACUUCAGCUCACUGCCUCUAGGUGUCUAUCUGCUAAUCAUGCAGCAUACCACGAUGGGGGUGUUGAUGGUCAGUCUGGUACCUGUCAGUCUUCUCAUCGUCAUGGUGUACGGCCUUUGCCAAUGCCUGUGCCGUGAGUUUUGGGACUGUGAGUUUUUACCACCCUAA